AUUCACUCUCUCCCCGUCUCCGAACCGAACAGCUCAAAUUCUGAAGAUAUCAUUCCGCUAGAUCACGUGACAGCGAGUAAGUAAGUACAAUUGUGUUACUCAUAUCACACACAAUAACGCCGGCGUUUGAAACAAGAGGAAGGAUGUCGUCUAGGAUAAGGCAGCCGAUGAGUGGAUCAUCUUGUUAUUCCUGUUGACACCUUCACUAUUUCUCAACAAAAACACGACUUUAUAUGCAACUUACAUAGGUGAAUUCGCUAUGUUAUCAUGUUGAAGGCAGUGAACUUACCUCAUCUGGAAAAACAGUGCUCAAAACGUUAGGACAACGCAAGAAUUCUAUAGAGAUUUUGUGACAAGGAGACUUAAUUUUUAUUUUCUUUAAUUGCCUCUUCCUGCUGAAGUGGUUGUGUGAUUUAAAAUGGGAGGAUCGGGUUCAAAGAAAAAGUCCAACAAGGAAGAUGCCAAUGAUACGCAAGACGCCAGGUGGUCGGUUGGAGAGAGGAAGCAUCCUUAUGAAGAAUGUAACCCCAGUGAAAACGAUGACGAUAAGCCGGACCCAGGGAAAGAGUGCAAAGUCGUCCGGGCGCCGCGCCAGUAUGAAGAAAUAGACAAGGAUUUUGAACAAGAUAAAGCCAAUGCCAAAGAAUCUAACAAUUCAAGGUUGUCCCAAAAGCAGCAGCCCGGAGACUUAAACUACGUGGAUGUUGAAUUCACGAAGCCGAAAAAGAAGAAGAAAAGCAAGAAAGACAAGGAGAGCAGUGAAACUAGUGAUGUUCCACAACCCUCUGUUGAAUACAGUGAAGUGAUUGUUCAAAACUCCAAACCUUCCUUAAAAGGAUGACGUGUUUUUAAAUUGUUAGUCAUUUUGUUUUCAUCCAUUGUUUAUGUUUAUUUUUGAUAUGUGUUGAACACAUGUAUAUUUUUUUUUGUAUGUGUAUAGUAUGUUAUGCUAUUGUCAUCGAUGUUACAGCUAGAUUAUUUUUUUUUCAAUCAAAAAGGGGAGUGUACAGGUUGGGUGGGAUGGGGAUGGGAGUUAUAUACGAUUUAAGAACGAUGUUCUUCGUUCUUAUACCUGUGCCUUUAGUAUUUUUGCUGUUGUGCCUAUUUCAUCAUCGCUAGUUUUAGAUUUUGUUAUUGAAUUCUCUUUGCUCCAAAAAAUAUUUGUAUACAUUUACCAACAAUUUCAACCGUGGCUUUGCGCGCAACUUGAAAAUAUUUUAUCUAUAUUGUUAAAAAAUACACGACAAAUAGACAGGAUGGACCAUAAUGGAUUUUAACUGUCGCUUAACGGGUUAUGAAUACGUGUAUAUGAUAAGAUUUAUAAGAAUAUGGAUACAUGUUGUAAAAAUUGAAGAAUCCUUUAAGAAAUUUUCGAAAGUAUACACAAAGUAAGGCAAGCGUUUAGCUUAAUUUCCAGAGAACAUUGGACAAAUGUUUGAGAGAUUAUUCAUACCUGUAUAAAUUACAUGUAUUUCGGUUUAGAAAACAGUUACAGAUGUGUGCUUGUGUUUCGAGUUAAAUAUUAUUUUUGUUUAUUUAUUUUCUUGAGAUCGUUUGUAUUUCAUGACAAUUUUGUGGAUAAAUACGACGACGUGUAUACAUGUACUUUAAUCAUUGAAAAUUCAUCAAAUCGAACUUAUUACUAGAUUAAGUAUACGUUUUAGUUUGGUGAAAUUUAAACUUAUGAUGUAAAUGAUACACAUUUAUGUACUUGAUAUAAUAAAGUUUACUUCACCCAUC